AGAACACGCACCGGAAGGCGCCCCACCAGCCGUCGGCGGCCAUCGCGGCAGUGACGAUUCUGCCUGAGGCUGCUAUUGUUCUUUGUCAUUGCGUUGUCACUCUACUCCUCUUUAUGUACUACUUCUCAAGUUCUUCUGCUUUACAUGUGAAUUCGCGAUAUCACCAUCGAUAUCAAGCAUACUCCUUACUGACUUGCUGUACUGGCAAGCUACCUCACUCUCAGUCUGUAGAAACCGAUCGCCACGAUGAAAGCAUUAUGACUGCGUGGCAACAGCCCGAUCAUCGGAGGCGACUUUCGUGGCCCUCGGGACGAGAACUCGGAAGACGCAUUAAUAAUCGCGCCUUCUACCCCUCUCUCGGCCUAGCCUGGCAGCACCCUGCUGCUGCUAGCGAGGAGCUGCUAGCUGCAGGUCAUAACUCAUAACCAUAACACAUUUCUGUUAGUAGUCUGUAAGCACCACCCCCACGCGUGAGCUUCUUCCGCCGUGGUUGGCUGCGCGAUAUUACCAAUCCUCCUCCUCACCACAAUGGCACAAAGAAAGCGACGGCAGUUUCCGCCAAUUCAUGCGUCGCUUUCCCGCGUGGUACAUAUUGUUGACAGGCGAUCUGAAUCGUAUCGAGUGCGGAGAAUAUCAGUUGUCAGGUCAUAUGGAUGUAUUGUCUUUUGUAGCUUCAAAUGUCGUGAUUGUUUCGCGUUGUCACCGUCGGUGCAUAUGCAUAUGGCUAAUGCACCGCUACUUAGUUAUUUCAUAUGUGAAUUCACCCAGCUGUUAGUAGUGUGCUACAGCAGUAGCCAUCGAGGCAAUUGGUGUAGAUUGAUUAAUCAGUCUUGAGUAUUCCUACAGUAUACUCCGUACAUGAAAGUACAAAGAGCGAAAGAUAAGGCAUUCCUG